UGCCAAUCUCGGAUUUCGCAAUGGCAGAGAGCUACGGCGCGACCACACGCCCCGCGUUUGUCCAGAGCGCGUACGACCCGAACCGAUACGCCGACCACAGAGUGCUGUACCCGCCGCGGUCGCGGACGCCGUCGACGUGGCGUCGGCUCUGCGCGCUUCCAGCGCAAUGGAUUAGCACUCGCCAGAACGUUGUCUUCCACGUCCUCCACGUUCUGGCGACCCUGGUCAUGGCGAUCGUCGCGUGGCUUCUCCUGCUUCUCGGCGUGCUUCUUUUGCCGCUUUGGCGCUGCCUCGGGCCGCUUGUCGCGCGCAUCGCCCUCUGCCUCGUGCUGCAGCUGGCCUCCAUGGACGUGCACUUGUACAAUUCGAUCUCGCCCGGCGGAGAGCACAUUUACGUCUCGUUUGCGUACUCGGACACGAGAAGCCACGCGCGCGUACUCCAGACGCUGCUAUACUUGGCCAGCGCCAAGAUCGUGCUCGCAGCUGCCACCAGCGGCGUCGCGGUCGUCUUCGUCCUCGGGUCGCUUCUUCUGCUGGCGCAUGGGUGCGGCGUUGCGUGGUCGCAAGAUCCAAGCCUGCCGCGCUGUCUUCUUGGCACCGUGUGUCUCUACUCGAGCAUCGUGCUCAGCCAUGUCCUUGCUCGCGCAUAUCGCCGUGGCGUGCAGCGGCUCUGCUGCGACUACCUCGACUUGUACCGGUUCGUGUACGGCUAUUGCAUGGCAACUGCGUACCACACGCCGCUGCAACUCAUGGGCUUUGGACACGGACAAGUCGUCUAAGCAUUCACUGUAGUAUAUGCAUAAUGUUGUACAC